AUGGCCAAACCUCUUCAACAGUACAAAGAUGACUUUGAUACAAAAGUGCUCAAGGUUGACAGGGAUUCUAUCCAUUUUGAUGAUCAUGGAAGGCUUUCAAUCUCUGAUCCGGAUACAGAAAAAGCUCUAAGAAUGGCCACCGAGAUUAUAAAGAAGCCUGGAGGAGUUGUUGGCUUUCCUACAGAGACUGUGUAUGGAUUGGGAGGUUCAUCUUUGUCUACUGAGAGUGUCAAGGCCAUAUAUGCUGCCAAACACAGACCAGCCGACAACCCCUUGAUUUCGCAUAUUUCUUCUAUUGAUCAGUUGAAGCGUCGACUACUCAUUCCAGGCCAAAAGAUUCCUGCCGUCUACGAAGGUUUGAUUGAAAAGUUUUGGCCAGGUCCUCUAACCAUCAUAAUGCCUAUUGAAGAUGAGAACAAGAGCCCGAUCUCACCGUGCGUUAGGGCAAAUCAACCCACUUUUACUGUCAGAAUGCCAGUUCAUCCGAUCGCUCGGGCUCUCAUCGCCAUGAGUGAUUUGCCUUUAGCAGCUCCUUCAGCUAAUGCAUCUACUAGACCGUCGCCUACUUUAGCCUCUCACGUGUAUCACGACUUAAAGGGAAGGAUUCCUCUAAUAUUAGAUGGUGGUGCAUGCGAUGUUGGUCUUGAAAGUACCGUAAUAGACGGCACUGUUGAUCCUCCAAUGCUUCUCAGACCCGGUGGAAUCCCCGUGGAAAUGAUUAGAAAAGUGGGAGGUCCGUUCUGGCAAAAGAUUGUCAUUGCCAAGAAAACUGCAGGUAAAAACGAGCCGGUUAAAACCCCUGGAAUGAAAUACAAACAUUACUCUCCUACUGCCGAAGUGGUUCUCUUUCUCGACUGCGGGGAUGGCGUACACUCCAUCAAGAAAUACAUUAAGGAUCAUCAUUUAGAAGCAGAGAAGAUAGGCCUUUUGAGGUCAGAAUAUUUCGCCGAUAGCUCCAAGAUGAGUGGUUUGAUAUCCCUAGAAAGGGAUUUGGGUCAGACAGGCUUGGAUAUCCAAAAAAACAUGUUUGCCGAGCUCAGAGAGGUCGACGAGCUUGGAGUCGACUAUAUUUUCGUUGAAGGAGUCCACGAGGAUCACGAAGGAUUGGCCAUUAUGAAUAGAUUGACCAAGGCAGCUAGCGUGGUGGUCAAGAACGAUGAGGUGACGGUCAGAGGGCCUCAGUAA